AUGCAUCAAAUCCACCAUCUUAGUGUUCUCGAUGAGCUGCCUGAUCAGACAGCUCAAUCCUCCCAAAAUGGAAACCCAAAACAAGAUUCGGAAACCUGUUGCUCCUCCAAGGAUCAGGAUGUUAUGGGCAGUCUAGCCGCUUUGCAGUUGUCCGCUGGAGUCCUGCAGAUAGCGGAACCUCCACUGGAACACGUGCGUUCCCAGCUCAGGGAAUUAAUUGGACGGCAGAACAAAAUAUACAUCGAUUUGUCCAAGGAGAAAUACAAACUGGACUGCAGCGAAGUUGCCAGACUGAAUGACAUGAUGAGCGAUGUCAAGCGGUACAAAGAAAAACUAGCAAAGAUCAAGAAGGAAAUGCAGGGCGUCUACCAGCGCACCAAAGAAUUAAAGAAACGCGCCGCAAACGUGGCGGCCUGCAAGCAACGCGACUACCAGCGUAAACUCGAGAAGCAACAGCACGAGGAGUCACUCAUCGGCAGCCAGUAAAACCAGGUGGAUCUCGGAUUUUACGAGUUAUACACCCCGUUAAGGCGCAUUUACAUUGGGAUUCUCGUUAACAACUAGCUAACAACUUAACACAGAUAACAGUUGAACAAAAGUUUAACCAUUUGGAUACAUAGUAAUUAAAAUUGUAUAUGGUAUAAGAACUGGCUACUGCGAUAGAUCGAAAAACAUUAUUGUAUAUUGUGUAUAGUUAAGUAAAUACUUGAGAGAUUUCGCAGAAAGAAAAGAGCUACAUGCACCCGAUCUAAGGGAAGCCAAUGACUACGAUACAUUUAGCUACAAAUAUUAUUUAUAAAUAUACAAAUUUGUUAAACAUUAA